GAGGCGGGGCCUGCGGCGACCGCUGGCGUGGGGCGGGGUCUGAACCGCCCGGCUAUUCCCCUUCGGCUUUGCAUCCCCCAGGAACCCUGGCCCGGAGUGUCCCUGGGUGGGCACCAUGGAGUCCAUGCUGAGCCUGGGCAUCGUCAUGGCCGAGACGCUGCAGAAUCAGCUGCCCUGGCUGGAGAAUUUCUGGCUGCUUGCUACCACCGUAGGCGACCCCAAGAUCCUCUUUCUGUUCUAUUUCCCCGCCGUCUACUAUACCUCUCGCCGAGUGGGCAUCGCCAUGCUCUGGACCGGCCUCAUCUCCGAAUGGCUCAACCUCAUCUUCAAGUGGCUUCUGUUUGGAGACAGGCCCUAUUGGUGGAUCUACGAGUCAGGCUACUACGGCAGGUUCCCAGCCCAGGUUCACCAGUACCCCAUUUCCUGUGAAACUGGCCCAGGCAGCCCUUCCGGACACUGCAUGAUCUCAGGAGCUGCACUGUGGCCCAUCAUGACAGCCAUCUCUUCCUAUGUGGCCACAAAGACCAACAGGUACUGGCUGAGAAUGAUUCCACUCCUGACCUACUGUGUCUUGUUAUUGGCCAUUGGCAUGUCCCGGGUUUUCCUCUUAGCACAUUUCCCUCACCAGAUUUUGGCUGGCGCAGUCAUUGGCGCUGUCCUGGGCUGGCUGCUGGCCCCCCAAGUACCUAUGGAACGGGAGCUAUGCUACUAUGGGCUGGCCUCACUGGCCAUCUUGCUGGGUGCCAGCCUCUUCUACUGGGUCCUCUUUACAUUGGGCUUUGACGUUUCUUGGUCCAUCUCCCUGGCAUCCAAAUGGUGUGAGCGGCCUGAGUGGGUGCACAUCGACACCCGGCCCUUUGCCUCCCUGAGCCGUGAUGCAGGGGCCAUGCUGGGCCUGGGCAUCGCCCUGCACUCUCCCUGCUAUGCCCAGAUACGGCGUGCAUACCUGAGCAAUGGGCAGAAGAUCGCCUGCCUCCUGCUGACCAUGGCGCUGCUUGUUCCGCUUGAAUGGCUGGGCUACCCCCCUCAGAUCAGUCUUUUCUACAUCUUUAAUUUCCUCAAGUAUACUCUAUGGCCCUGCCUUGUCCUUGCCCUGGUGCCCUGGGUUGUGUACUCACUCAAUGCCCAGGAAUUGCCCCCCAUCCGUUCUUCCUGAUAUCUAGCACCUCUUGCUCUGAAGCCAACACUCCCUCAUUUCCACACCCCAAGCAAGAAGCAUCGCUUUCCCUGCCAGUCUCCUUCCACCACGAAUGCUUCUCCGGCCACCUGGUCUUGGCCUCCUUUCUGAGGAGAGGAGUUUACCCUACCACCCCACCUGGGACACAGAGGCAAAUAGAAAGUUCUCAACACUGUGACGGGCUGAGGUCAGCCCCAAUAAAGCCCUUUGACAUUUCUUA